AUGGCAGUCUCAUAUUUGAAAGGACUCUGUACAAGGUACAAUAAUUUGUUAGCUAAAGAAUUAGAUAAAAGUGGAGAUGUAAUAGCACAAGGGAUUCAAGAUGAAAGUGUGACAACACAAUUAAGGCAAGUUUUAUCAGCAGAGAGACGAUUAAAGGAUUUUGCAGCAAAACUUGAAGAUAGUAUGAAAGAAAUUUCACUUUUAUUAGAGGAGAAAGAAGAUAACGAAGGUGAAAUUCUAAAAUUUAAAAAGGCAAGUGAAAUAUAUUUUAAAUUGCUUGACGGUGUAACACAGCGCUUAGACGAAUUAAAAAUAUUCGAGGAAGAAAUUCAGGAUAAAAUUACACAUAUUAAGAAAACAGAAUCGGCCACGGACCACAAGCAUUUAUUACAAUUACAGACACAAAUGCAAGAACAUAUAUUACAGUUUCAACAGUUACAACUCCAAGAAUUACAGAGGAAAAGUCAACCUUCAACAGUAAGUGCAGUUAAACUUCCUAAAUUAGACCUAGUUUCGUACAAUGAAGAUAAGUUAAAAUGGACAGAAUUUUGGGAUUCAUUUGAAGCAACAGUGCACACAAAUCAAAUCUUGACAAAAAUAGAGAAAUUGAAUUACUUGAAAAGCAAACUGUUUGGAACAGCUAAUUCUGCUAUAUCUGGCUUAACGCUCUCCCAUGAAAAUUACGAUGUAACAAUUUCAAUACUAAAGGAAAGAUUUGGAAAUGUUCAAUCUGUUGUCAACAAGCACUAUUCAGAUUUAAUAAACCUUCAGUCAGCUUCAAAUCAAACUACACAUCUACGUAGACUUGAUAAUGACUUGGAACGACACUUACGUAGUUUGGACGCAAUGCAUCAAGAUGUAACCCAAGAUAAAGAAGUUUCACAUCUAGCUGAUGAAAUUUGUGAGAUAGCUUCAAGUGAAGAGAAUGUACCAGAGAAUAGCUUGUUGUCCUCCGGAGAUAUAGUUUUGAUGCAGACAGCUCAAACAACUGUGUCAAAAUAG